CCACCAUGCUCGGCUCAUUUUUUGUAUUUUCAGUAGAGACGGGUUUUCACCAUGUUGGCCAGGCUGGUCUCGAACUCCUGACCUAGGUGAUCCACCCGCCUCGGCCUCCCAAAGUGCUGGGAUUACAGGCGUGAGCCACCACGCCUGGCCGAGGAAUCAAAAAGACAAUGCCAUUUUCAAACCUAAAGUAAUAAUAAUACUGAGACCGGGAAAUGAAUGAUGCCUCGCUUUGACCUUUGACCAUAAGCCCUAACUCUGGAUAGCUGGCCUCACCACACACAUAAUCGUGGCCUUGACGUCAGUCCCCUGACCCCGGACCCUUAUCUCAGCCUGACUGUACUCUGCCCUUAACCUCCAGCCCUAGUCGACUCCAUAACCGUGGCCUUGGCCCCAGUCCCCCUGACUUCCCCACUUCAGACCAGAUACUGCCCAUAUCCCCUUAUGAAGUCUUGGCCAAGCAACCCCUAGGUUGUACGUUUUCUCUGUAAUGAUUAAAGAGGCGGUGCUAAGCUGCAGACGGACUUGCGACUCCGCCAGUGGUGUAAGCCAGGCGGGAGGUGGUGCCUAAUAAGCUCAAGAGAGGAGGCGGGUUCUGGAAGAAGGCCAAUAGCCUGUGAAGGCGAGUCUAGCAGCAACCAAUAGCUAUGAGCGAGAGGCGGGACUCUGAGGGAAGUCCAUCGCUGGAGGGGCCUGGCGCAGGUACCGCCAAUGGCUUUUGGCGGGGGCGUUCCCCAACCCUGCCCUCUCUCAUGACCUCGCUCCGGGGAUAUGACCGGGACUGGGCUGCUGGCGCUGCGGACGCUGCCAGGGCCCAGCUGGGUGCGAGGCUCGGGCCCUUCCGUGCUGAGCCGCCUGCGGGACGCGGCCGUGGUGCGGCCUGGCUUCCUGAGCACGGCAGAGGAGGAGACGCUGAGCCGAGAACUGGAGCCCGAGCUGCGCCGCCGCCGCUACGAAUACGAUCACUGGGACGCGGUGAGACGGGCAGCGCCGGGGGCGCGGCCUGGGGACGUGGAGCACCAGAUGGGGCGAGAACACGCUGGGGGCGGUACCUACAGCGGGGAUUUGGAGCAGGGACAGAGGAGACGAGCGCCGGGACCGGGCAGGGCCACCUGGGGGCGGUUACGGCCAUCCACGGCUUCCGAGAGACAGAGAAGUCGCGCUGGUCAGAAGCCAGCCGGGCCAUCUUGCAGCGCGUGCAGGCGGCCGCCUUUGGCCCCGGCCAGACCCUGCUCUCCUCCGUGCACGUGCUGGACCUGGAAGCCCGCGGCUACAUCAAGCCCCACGUGGACAGCAUCAAGUUCUGCGGGGCCACCAUCGCUGGCCUGUCUCUCCUGUCUCCCAGCGUUAUGCGGCUGGUGCACACCCAGGAGCCGGGGGAGUGGCUGGAACUCUUGCUGGAGCCAGGCUCCCUCUACAUCCUUAGGGGCUCAGCUCGUUAUGACUUCUCCCAUGAGAUCCUUCGGGAUGAAGAGUCCUUCUUUGGGGAGCGCCGGAUUCCCCGGGGCCGGCGCAUCUCCGUAAUCUGCCGCUCCCUCCCUGAGGGCAUGGGGCCAGGGGAGUCUGGACAGCCGCCCCCAGCCUGCUGACCCACAGCUUUCUACAGACACUGGAUUUGUGAAUAAAGUUGGGGAAUGGACAGCCUAACUGGGACAUUGCAGUGGCUGCUUACUGGGGCUGGGAUCUGCAGGGGAACCCAGGAUGGCACUGGCCCAUAGGGAGCUCCAGGUGUGGCUGACUGGACACACGGUCAAGGUCACAAGGCCAGGAGAGUGGUGUCCUUUAUUGCACUCACUGCUGGUCGCCCCAGCCCACUCCCCUCCUCGUUGUCUCUGCAUCCAGGUCUCCAAUAAAUAAGUCAGCCGA